UUAGUACGAUAAAAGAUUUGCGGAGUGGGCAGUCGCGUCUCUGUUGUCCUGCGUCCCCACUUGCCACGAAUUGCCGAUGCACCGGUAGAUCCUUCCUCGUCCCGCCGUUCCCUUGGGUACGGAGCUAAGAUUACGGGCCGUUAAUGUGACGGAAACCGACUGGUACGUGGCGGAAACAGGUCAAUCGCGUCCGAUCGUUCGAACGUGCAGGUUCGCCGAGCGAUCCGUCGACGGUCGAGUCUAAACGCUUCUGACAAUUGUCUUUUGCAUCGGUUAACUUCACGUGUCCGCGUACCGUUGACAACGGUCAGUCUCGCGGUCCAUUUUCCGACGACGUUCACGGUGUGAAUCGGAAAAUCAACUGUACCUUGAGUCGUCGCUAACGAAAAAAGACGCAAGUUCCCUCCGAGGCGCGACGAGUCGCAACGACAGACUGUAAACAGGCGUGAAACAGUGAUCCUUUUCGAGGAACAAGCGGUGUGUGUUUAUCCGAGAAGAUGGAACGAAGAUACGGCGAGCCGAUUCUACCGAUCAUCAAGCUUUGCCUUUUGAUCUUAACGAUGACGCAGAAUAUUCACGGGUAUCCGCACCACGCCACUACGACGACGACGGACGUCGGCCAGUCCGCGGGUCUUACGGGGGAACCGCGGAUAACUGUGAAUCCUGCACUUUCCCGUGAAAUUUCCGAGGAGGACGACGACUCGAGCGAUUCCGAGGAACGGUCCGCCGAUAAUGACGUAUCGAAGAGGAAAGGCCGCAGGGAUACGUCAGGCAGAAGUUUCAGAGAUCUGGAGGAUAUGCAGGCGGAUGGCAAGAUCAUAUUCCCCGAGGACGAUAUUCCUCGACACGUGCCGGCCUGCAAGGGGUCCACGUACUGCGAGAAGGUAGAUUCCUAUCCUGCGAACUUGGUAAGCGAAGCGAUUCAACGAAAUGGAAGCCUCAAGUAUCUGGCAGGUGUUGACGUGCUGUCCGGCAUAGUGCAGAGAAUCGACGCGAUGGACGACGUGCCGCUUUGCAUAUCUACCGAGCAGGUGAUAUUUCCUCAAUCGGCCGAGAACAAGGAUAAUCAAUGGAAGUUUAUUGCCAAUCAAGAUAACUUCAAGCAGGGUGUACGCGUUGAGAAGUGUAGCAACGAGAACACUAGUUGCAACGUGAUCGGCGGACCAGGCGAGGGUUACAGGACAACUUGCAAGCAAAAGUACGUUUAUAGGCAACUUGCGGCAGUGUUGUCCGACGGUACGAUGGUACCGGACACGUUCAAGUUUCCUUCGAGUUGCUGUUGCCACAUCAUGUUCACGGGAAGCCCGUUCACAAGGAUGGGUCAGGUCACACCUGCUAAAACGCGCAGGAGAAAAUGAAUACUCGGGAGUCGCGCGUAACGUGAUCAAUUGUAAAGAGGAGCUCUCUCUGUUAAUACCCGUUUGACUGUUAGAAACGCUUUGAACGGAACGUCGCCGAAUGCAUUUCACAGAAUGAAGUACAAUUCCCUUGAUUAAUGACCUGUAGACAGCGUGAUCGCGUUUUGUUGCAAUGUAACCAGGUGCGUUUGUAAAUACCGGAAUCUCUUCCUUUUUUUUUUAUUUACUUCGGAACUAAGACAUAUGAGGCAGUUCAGUGUAUCUAUAUGACAAUUCACGAACAGAAUAUGCUCGGAACAGUCUAUCGACUUAUCUGGUAAUGACAAAGAAAGGUGAUACAAGACUCGCAGGCGUUUCUUCGAUCAUCCAUGACGAAUGGAUACUUAAAAUAGAAUUGAAAGAACAACACGACUGCCGGUGUACGUAUAUAAUAUGUUUCAUGUUGAGAUACAGUUAUUAUUAGCUGAAUGUACGUAUGCAAUUAUUGACUGUACAGAAUAUUCUUUACCUGUUUUUUAACGCGUGUAGUUGGAUGAUUUUAAGAGAAAGAGAGAGAGAGAGAGAGAGAGAGAGAGAGAGAGCGUGCGAGAGAGAAAGAGAGAAAGAGAGAGAGUGAGAAAAUACUUUGCGCAAGAGGGACAAAACGAGUCUCUGAAGUGAAUGUGGAUAAUCUAUAUCAUGUGAUAUUAUGUGAUAAUAUAGCCAUUGAGAUCAACAUAGUAAUGUAUACGUAGUUUAGAAAUGAUAUCAUUUCUUUUGUACCUGUAGCUUCAACAAUGCGUAUUCUCCUAUGAAACAGAUGAAGCAGCAAUAAAUAACGGUGACAUGAAAACAUAUCUUACUUUGUAUAAUCGUAGAUAACUUCUCCUACAUAAAUUAAAAGAAGAUAAGGAAACAAUUCCUAACGUUUUCGCUUACAGCAUGCGGUUUUUUAUUUUAUUGUUCUUCAUACUCAUGUUGUAUAUGUUGUGUCAAGGGAACUAUGCGACGAAACUUGAUUGACAAGUACACAAAUUUAUUCUUACGCAUUAAAUACAAUACUUAGAGCUAUCGUUUCUUUUAACGUGCAAUGUUUUUCGUAGCUCAUUAAAUGCUUGUACACCAUUAGUUUACAAUUGUCUUCGUCAGAAUUUGAAGUGUAAAUAAAUAUAUAUGAUGUAUACAGAUGACAAUAAAAAGUCUGAGACGUAGAAUGACAUUUUCUGAAUUU